GGUAGAUAUUCCCUGCCGCUGUUGCUCUCUUUUUAUCUCUUUUAUUCGCAGCAGCUGACCGCUUUCAAGCCCAGGCUGUCGCGUGGUUGACCGUAAAUAUUAUGCGGGCCGCCUCAUGGUCGUGGUGCCUCCUGGCCCGCGCCACCAUCGACGCCCAUACGCUAUCGUCCAGUUGCAACAUGACGGCCUUCUGGAACUGGUACGACGACCGUUUCCUGAGCAGUCUCUAUGGUGCGACCUUAUCGCGAGGUCCGGGUCAAGAGGUGCGACCCUAUCGCGAGGUCCGGGUCAAGAUGCAGGAUGGCUUCUGGGGCAUCUUGUCGACGCUGUCGUACCCCGACUGCCCGCCCGCGACCGCCUGCAAGGCCUACCUGGGCAACGGCCAGGUCAUGGAGCGCGCGGCCCAGAUGUGCGAGCGCGCGCUCUACGCGCUCAAGACGGACCGCGCGGGCCGCCACGGCGACGUCGACAACUACGCGAUCUUCGGGCCCAUGUGCUCCGAUGAGUGCAGGGACUCCGACGGCCUACACCUCGAGGCGAUGGCGAAGUCGUCGUGCACGUGCCGCGACCUGAGUCCGGCGCCGCCGGGCCACGGCCACGGCGGCGUAUUGGAAGAAAUCGCGCACUGGGGCGUCGGCGCGCCGUGGACCUGGGACGGGCAGGGCAUCGUGGGCUACGAGCGGCUCGGCCCGUACCGCACCGAGGGUGAGGUCUGCCAGCGCAACUCGGGCCGGAUCAUGUGCCGCGUCCUGGACAGGUGCGGCGUCUGGGCCUGCCGGCUAGGCGACUUCAUGUGUCCGCGCCACGAGUACAACAAGCAGUGGACGCGCUUCCGAGGGCUCGGAGACUGCGACGCAGCGGCGCCUUUGACCGCGCGUGCCGCCGCGCUCGCCGGCGCGCUCGCCGGCGCGCUCCUGGCGCUCUAUCCGGGGUAGUAACAGAAUAUAGUUUCAGCGACUUUUGUCAUGGG